GACGCUUCUGGCUACCAGCACGCGGAGCAGCCUCCAUCAGCAUCAGUGCCUUCCGAACCCAAGAAGCCCAAGUUUGCGGCCUUGCCGAAAAUGCCAGUGCAGGCCAAGGCACCUGCACAGCCGGCUCAGGGAGAACUGCCGGACCCUUCGAGCACGCCAGCGCAAACUUCGGUUUCAGUCGAUGAGACCUAUGCAGCGCCAGCGCCACUGCCAGACAUGUCAGCAGACAGCGCACAAGCACACGAGAGACACGGGGUGCCGGCCGCUCUCAAAUCAGCCCUUCCGCAGGCUCCCAUACCCACGGAACCAGCAACAGCCUCAGAACCUUCAGCGGAGACCGCCGGCUAUCAGGAAGUUGCCCGACAAGCACCGGCAGCAUUGAAAGCUCCGCUUCCAAAGGCUCCACUUCCGAAGGCGCCCGUGCCUGAAAUGCAUCAGGCUGCAGCACCUGCCCCGCCAACGCCGCAUGACCCUGCACAGGCUGCGGCGCCUGCACCACCAACACCGCACGACACUGCACGGGCUGCGCCUGCACCUCCAACACCGCACGACACUGCAUGGGCUGCGGCUCCUGCACCACCAACGCCCCACGACACUGCACGGGCUGCAGCGCCUGCACCUCCGACACCGCACGACACCACACAAGAGAUGUUCGAAGCCCCAGCCGUUGACUCCCACAAGAAGGAGCAGACAGCUACGGCCCCAGUUCCGGACCCCACUCCCACCACCCCUGUCACUGCUGCCGCCCCUGCCCCGCCAACUGCGAUGCCGGAAGCUCAGAAGCCAGCGCCGAGCGAGAAGCCCAAGUUUGCGCCGCUGCCGUCAGUGCCAAAGCUCCCUCCUAAGCCCGUGGCGCAGCCGCCCAAGCCAGCAGUGCCGGAGGCGCGAAAGCUCGUCGGAACAAGUUGA